UGUUGUUGUGGUUGAGACUCCUCUCACGUCUUGACUGUUAUUUUGUGGCAGAAUUUUAAUCUCACCGACAAGGCCGAGCAUAUUUGCCCUAGAAGAUGCGGUUAGGUAGCGAAGCAAGGUCAUGUAUGGAUCGAAAAUUCACACCAUGAAACAAAGGUUUGAAGACAGAAAGGCCUGUCGUAACUGUUGAAGAACAAAGCAACCACAACUUAACGACGCUUGGGGAGCAAUCGAUUCCUAGGUAAUUGCUGAUUCCUGUGACAGUAUCAAGCAUUACAUUUGGAUUUCUCUCGAAAUGUAAUAAUUGUGACACUUCAACUUCAAUGGUAAGCGAUUUGGAGGUGAUUAAUGUAGAUUAAUCAUAUUUCCUGUAAACUUGUGAACUCCGUUCGGAUGACUGCGGCGAACAAGAAAUUUCUGUCGAAGACGACGCUUUCAAGACCUGUUCGCACUGUUACAUCAGAAUUGUUUAGCAAUGUUGAGCAUGGACUCUACAACAAGCCUUUCUGGCAUCACUUUCGGCAGUCUUCAGGAACUUAAAAGUACUCAUGCCAACAGAGUUUUGAAAUUAAUGAACAGUCACAGAAAGGAGUGCAAGAAACUUUGUGAUGUUGAACUUGUCGUCGGCGAUGAAAGGAUUUCGGCACACCGUUCAGUUUUAGCGGCCUGUAGCCCUUACUUUUACGCUAUGUUUAAUGGGGAAUUAAUUGAAAGUAAGCAAAGAGUUGUACAUUUGAAAGAUGUCCAGAGAGACGCAUUGGAACUGCUCGUUGAUUUUGCAUAUACUGGCAAUUUAGAUGUAACUGUAGAAAAUGCACAGUCGUUGUUGUCUUUGUCAAGCCAGAUAAACUUCCCGGAGGUGAGGGAGAUAUGCUGCAAAUUUUUGGAGAUGCAAUUAGACUCUUCAAACUGUCUUGGCAUUCGGAAUUUCGCAGAAUCAAAUGGUUGCUUGAGAUUUAUAGCUGAAGUGGAUAAUUUUGUUUUGGAGCAUUUUUCAGAGGUCUUCCAUUCAGACGAAUAUGUUACAAUGCCUCAUGCAUUACUGGAGAAAUGCCUUGCAAGCGAUGAGUUGGCUAUAAACAAUGAGCAACUUGCUUAUGAAGCUGCAAUGAAAUGGGCUAAACAUGAUAUCAAAAAUAGAGGUUGUUUUUUGACUUCUUUAUUACAACAAGUCAGGCUCUCCCUACUGCCUGUGAACUUUCUUUUGAAUGAAGUUGAUAAUGAACCACUAAUGAGAGAAAGUCAUGGGCGCAGGGAUUUGUUGGAUGAAGCAAAAAACUAUCACUUGCUAAAUGAAUAUCAUAUGAAGUUUAGAUCAGCACGCACCAGGCCUAGAAAAUUAUUCGCAGGAUUGUUAUAUGCUGUUGGUGGCAAGGAAGCUGGUGAAACAAUAACAACAAAAGUAGAAUGUUACAGUGCAAAACAAAACACAUGGACAUCCAUGAAACCACUGAACAUACCACGACAUCAGCUUGGUGUAACAGAACUAAAUGGUAAAAUUUUUGCAGUUGGUGGUUCAGAUGGAAUGCGGCGCUUAAAUACAGUAGAAUACUAUACACCAAAAGACGAUGAAUGGAGAUACAUAAGAUCUUUAAAUACUUGUCGUUCUGGUGUUGGAGUAUGUUCUCAUAAAGGAUUUAUUUAUGGCUUUGGUGGUUAUGAUGGAAGACUUUGCCUGAAUUCUGUUGAAAGAUAUGACCCAGAACUUGAUAUAUGGACAAGUGUGGUACCAAUGAGUGUCACCAGAAGCUUUCCUGGAGUUGCUGUACUUGGAGGAAGAAUGUUUGUGAUUGGCGGGAAUGAUGGGUCUUCAUUUUUGAGCUCUUGUGAAGUCUUUGAUCCUGUAUCCAGUAAAUGGUCUUUUGCUGCACCAAUGAACAAACCAAGAGCAGGUCUUGGCGCUGAUGUGCUGGAUGGUCUUUUAUAUGUGGCAGGUGGUUUUGAUGGGCUUUCAAGGCUUGAUUCUGUCGAAGUCUACGACCCAAGAACAAAUGCCUGGACAACAGUGGCAUCAAUGGUUUCUUGUCGUGACGGGCUAUCUAUGAAGCAAUAUGGCGGGUGGUUGUACGCCAUUGGUGGGAUUGACGGACCUUCGUAUCUGAACAGUGUCGAAUACUACGACCCAAACGACGACAAAUGGACCGAAGUCAUCCAAAUGCAAUCGUCACGAGCCGCCGCCGGUGUGGCGGUGCUACCUAAUUCACCUGUCGCUGAAACCUAAGAAAUUUUGCGGGUUAAAUUUAAUACAAGGGGAAAUUAUCACAAGAAACAAUGGAAUUGUUAUAUUUCGAUGGGUCCCGUAUGUAUGUAUGUAAUUUUUGGAAAAUUGUAGAUUGGAUUUGUGAAUUUAUUGUUCAAUAGCGCUAGUAUCUUUAAGUUCAUUCAUUUUUAUUUCUCUUGAGCCUGUUUACAUGCUCUUUAUACACUUGCUUCAUUCCAUCAUAUUAUUUCAAUUUUAACGACCCGCCCUCCUCUGCGGUGGAAACUCCUUAUUUUUAUCUACUUACCUCCCUUAAUAUUCAAAACGAAGUCUAGGAAUAUUUUCAUCAAUUCUCCAGUCAAUUAAAAACUUGUAAACUUGCUCAAGACAAUGAAAGUAAGGCGUUGUCUUUGGGUGACAGACAAAUCAAUUUUGUUUUCAAUGACCUUCUACCAAUGUUUCUGGACUCUGAUUGAAAAUUAAUCGUAUUACCUCCUUAAGACUAUAAGUCGUUUUAUAUGAUCUUCUUGCUAAAUUUUCCGACACAGUGGGGCGAAUGUGUGAAAAUUAUUCCAGGGUCAAAUCUAGAUCCGGCUAGUAAGGAGCCACCAUGUCGUUCUUCCCAAGCUGAUUUUCAGUCGUGUAUCUGGAAUGUAAACUGAAUGAUGUACUUAUCACAUGAUUGUUAAUGUAUGGGUUUUCUGUUCAAAGGGUUUUUAGAUAAUUGACGAAAAUAAUGGGUGUUUUGUCUUGA